AUGCCUCCAGAUGACCUUCUGAGGGAACUGGGCAACAGCAGCAGCCAGAUCCUCAGGAAGAGUCUCCACCAAGGUCCCCAAGCUCAUAACAAAGACUCCAUGCUCUGCAGAGCUCUGGGCAAAGUCCUCCAGAUGUUGAGGAAGCAGCUUGGAGGGUUUGUUCCGGUGGACGAGCUGCGCUCCGUGGUGUUUGAGAUUCUGAAGAAAAAGGACGAGAUCCGAGCAUCUGCAGAAAGUGAGAGAGAGGGGGACCAAAUAGCAGCAUGUGAAGUCACUCCAGAGAGUGUCAACAACCCAAUGAUGACUCCUAAACCUGUCAGAGCUCUCAUCUGUGGAGAGAGAGGACACUCAUCUGUAGUCAAGUACAAGAUCACGGCAACCCCGGGCGGCCCUCCAGGCCAGCAGGCGGAGGCGGUGCGGGUCAACGGCCAGGAGGUUCGCUUCUUCACUCCGGUCAGACGCUCGGUGCGGAUCGAGAGAUCCUCGCUCCGAUACCCGGCGGCCCUCCGGGACCACGAUCUCUGCGUGGCCUCCUACAGUGACCUGAUCUCCGAGGAGGACGACGUGAGCAGCGAGGAGCAGAAGGGCGGGGAAAGGAGCCCGCCUGCUGGCAACACACCGAUGUACGUCUACAGACAGAACGAAGCGCUUCAAGACAAAGUGUUCGUCCAGCUGGUCUACGACGAAGCCGUUUAGCCUCAAGUGCUUGCUUCCUCUCCGCCCGUCUGCAGUCUGAGACGAGAUCCAGAUGUUUGGCACGUGGCAGGAAGAAAAAAGUCAAACUAAUGUGCAUACUUAGGUGAGAUUUCACUGAACAGAAGGCGUUUUAUCUUGAUAAAUAUAGGACCUGGCAAAAGGGAUUUCUCACGCUCGCUCAUGAAGAAGUUAUUUGUUUUAUCAUUUUAUGCUCAUUGUUUGUUCAAAUAAUGUGUUGUACAUAGUAAUGUGAAUUAAAG